GACAUUUAUCUUGUAUAUGAUACGCACAUGAUACGUGGAAUGUGGAAUACAGAAAAUACAGUGAAGUAAAAUUCUCACCAACGUGGUAGAAUUGUUAGGUUAUUUUAUUAAUAAAACAGUUGUUAGUUAAUAACAUAUACCACAUAUUUAAGUGCUAUGGCCGAAGCAGGAGACGACAAGCUUUCUAAAAAGUAAGUCCCGUAUUCGCCUUCUCAUUUUGAACAGUUUAUUAUUUCUUACAUAAACAUUAAAAUGUUGCAAAGAUUGCACUUUUUGAGAAUGCAGUUUUCGACUACCUCAGCUUUGCGCGACAUUGCUAAACGUGAGCUGAAAAGGAGACUGAAGGCUGAGCAAAAGGCCAAGGAAAAACUAGAAAAAGCUGCCGCUUUGCCUGCAGUGGCCCCCAAAGCACAGGUGGCCCCCAAAGUUACAGAAGAAGAUAUUAGCCCAAAUGAGUAUUUUAAAUUGAGAACAUCCGCUGUAGAGAAUUUAAAGAAAUUAGGAGGUUCAAAUCAUCCAUACCCUCAUAAGUAUCAUGUUACCAUAUCCCUAGAGGGAUUUAUUGAACAGUAUUCCUACUUAAAAGAUAAUGAAGUGCUUGAAAGUGAGAUACUCAGUGUUGCUGGCAGAGUGCACGCUAUCAGAGCUUCUGGUCCAAAAUUAAUAUUUUACGAUUUGAGAGGCGAAGGCACAAAACUGCAAAUUAUGGCUACUGCUAAGCAAUAUGAAAAAGAAUCUGAGUUCGAAGAAGACUCGGAUAAAAUUAAAAGGGGUGAUAUCAUAGGUGUAAGAGGGGUUCCAACUAGAACCAAGAAAGGUGAACUAUCAGUGAUUCCCCUAAAGUUAACUUUAUUGUCUCCUUGUUUGCAUAUGCUCCCACACUUGUAUUAUGGCUUAAAAGAUAAAGAGACUAGAUUUAGGCAAAGGUACUUAGAUCUGAUUUUGAAUAACAAUAUACGGUUCAUUUUCCAAACUAGAGCCAAAAUAAUUGCUUAUAUAAGAAAGUUCUUUGAUGAGCAAGGAUUUUUGGAAAUUGAAACCCCAAUGAUGAACAUGAUUGCCGGGGGCGCUACUGCAAAACCGUUUGUAACACAUCACAAUGAUCUUAAUAUGGACCUGUUUAUGCGCAUUGCUCCCGAACUCUAUCACAAGAUGUUGGUGGUAGGAGGGUUUGAUAGAGUUUAUGAAAUUGGAAAACAAUUUCGAAAUGAAGGAAUCGACUUGACUCACAAUCCUGAGUUCACGACAUGUGAAUUUUAUAUGGCGUAUGCUGAUUAUCAGGACUUAAUUGCGAUUACUGAAAGUUUGCUGUCUACUAUGGUCUAUCAUAUUCAUGGGACACACAAGGUUAAAUAUCAUCCCGAUGGCCCCGAAGGGGAAGAGUAUGAGAUUGAUUUUACACCUCCAUUUAAACGAAUCCCAAUGGUGCCAGCUUUAGAGGCUGCUCUUAAUGUGAAAUUCCCCCCUGCAACCGAAUUUUACUCGCCGACAACAACUAAAUUCCUGGACGAUUUGUGUAUUAAGCAUAACGUGGAUUGUGCUCCACCCAGAACGACUGCAAGACUGUUGGAUAAGUUAGUUGGUGAAUUUAUAGAGGAAAAAUGCAUCAAUCCGACCUUCAUAAUGGAGCAUCCUCAAAUCAUGAGUCCAUUGGCCAAAUGGCAUAGGUCUAUACCUGGACUCACAGAAAGAUUUGAACUAUUUGUCAUGAAGAAAGAAAUUUGCAAUGCUUACACUGAACUGAAUGACCCCGCAGUCCAAAGGCAAAGGUUUGAACAGCAAGCUGCUGAUAAAGCAGCUGGAGAUGAUGAAGCUCAAUUGGUCGAUGAGAAUUUCUGCACAGCUCUGGAGUACGGAUUACCGCCAACUGGAGGCUGGGGUUUGGGCAUUGACAGGCUGACAAUGUUUCUAACAGACAACAACAAUAUUAAGGAAGUGUUGUUGUUCCCCGCCAUGAAGCCAGAUGAUCCAAAUAAAAAUAAAGAAGAAAAUGGUACUGAAAAUAGUAUCUCAGUCGAUAAAUGAAGUAAAAUAUUAUAUUUUUUGUAAACAGGUUUAUGAAAUAACUGAUUAAUUUAACAGUUGUUAACGUCGACAUACAAUAAACAACCGUAUUUAUUAUAGAGUA